GAUACCUACAAUUACCAAUAUUACAUGUUGUGUUAUUGAUUUACCAAGUUAUGCACGUGGGAAGUUGAAGUAAUGUUUAAAACGAGCUAGAAUCGUAAACAUUUUAAUCUAAAAACCAAAAAUACCAUAUAACAUAAAUAAACAGUAUUCUCAUUUUCUGUUAAAUGAUGAAGAUAAAAAAGGAAAAAUCUGUGAAGGGAAAAACAAAAAAACUUGUUACAAAGAAGAGAAAGCAAUUAAAAGAUGCAACUAUGGAUGACUUCUUUAAUCAAACUUUUGAGGACGAAAUAAAUGGCAAUGAUAAUAAUGAACAAGGUGAAAAUACCUAUGAAGAUGAUGCUGGAAGUAGCGAAAGUGACAUGGAUCCAGUAGAACAUAAGAAGUCUUUAAUGAGAUUGAAGGAUACAGAUCCUGAGUUUUAUAAAUAUUUAAAAGAAAAUGAUAAAAAUCUUUUAGAAUUUAAUAUAUCAGACGAGGAUGACGAUAUUAAUAAUGAUGAUAAAUGUUCAUUAAAUGAAUUAGAUACAAAACAUAUACCUAGUAGUCGUUUAGAGGUUGCUAGCGAUGAGAGUGAUUAUGAAAUGGAUCAAGGUAGUGAAAUAAGGGACAAACGAAAAAUCACAUUGAAAUUAUUAAAAACAUGGCAAAAAGACAUUCAAAAAGACAAAUCAUCUAAAACGAUUAAAUGUGCUGUAGAAGCUUUCCAUGCCGCAUUACACACUGUAGCUGAAUCUGCUGAUCCACAAUUAUUACAAUAUAAAGUAGAGGGUGGUGCAGUGUUUAAUGAAGUUGUACAACUGUGUAUACUGUAUUUACCGGGUGCAUUUAAGCGUUAUUUAAAACUGAGUUCGGAAACUCAACCUCACAUUCAUAAGCUUAAACGGUUUGGAAAAGUAAAAAAUAUUCUCAAGUCAUAUUUAACAGAUUUAAUUAAGAUUUUACAAAAUGUAACGUCGUCUAAUAUUCUCACAAUCCUUUUAAAACAUUUACAUCAAAUGUUACCAUAUACACAGUCAUUUUCAUCAUUAACUAAGCCAUUAUUGAAGAUUUUGUUGAAAUUUUGGUCAACUGGGGAAGAGUCUGUGCGUGUUGUUUCUUUUUUGAGCAUAUUACGUAUUGCGACCAGCAAUCAAGAAUCUGUUUUAGAAAUAUUAUUUAAGACGAUGUAUGUAAAAUAUGUUGAAAAUUCUAAAUUUGUAUCCCUCACAACUUUACCUGCAAUAAAUUUUAUGAGACAUUCUUUAGUUGAAAUAUAUUUGCUUGAUAGUAAUUUAGCUUACAAUCACGCUUUCUUAUAUAUUAGACAGCUAGCUAUUCAUUUAAGAAAUGCUAUGACUUUAAAAAAAAAGGAACAUUUUCAAGCUGUGUACAAUUGGCAGUACAUAAAUUCAUUGAGAUUUUGGUCAGAAUUGAUAAAUUUAUCAAAAAGUGAUUCCAUGUUACAUUCACUUUUAUAUCCUCUUGUACAAAUUAUCAUAGGAACUAUCAAAGUAAUACCAACGCCACAAUAUUAUCCCCUGAGAUUUCACUGUUUACAAAUGUUAAUAGAUAUUUCUAGAGAAACUGGAAAAUUUAUACCUGUAUUACCAUUUUUAUUAGAGAUAUUAAAUUCCUACGAUUUUAAUAAGAAACAUAAGGCAGUAUCAAUGAAGCCAAUACCCUUCAUUUGUAUCUUAAGGAUGUCCAAAUCCCAAUUACAAGAAAAUGGUUUUAAAGACAAUGUUAUUGAUUCAAUAUAUAAGCUUAUCCUAGAGAGUGCUGCUAAAGAUAGUCAUACAGUAUAUUUUCCUGAUUUAUAUAUACCAUGUAUAAUACAGCUAAAGGCAUUUUUAAAGAAAUGUCACAUAGCAAACUAUUGUAGAAAAAUGAAACAGCUGUUAGAUAAAAUUGCGGAAAACAGGAAAUAUAUCGAAACAGAACGUAAUAAAACCGCAAUUGAUUUAAAAAAUAUGCAGGAGAUAACGAACUGGGAGAACAAGAUAAAAGUGCAAGGUACAUCGUUAUCGAAAUUCUAUGAAUCUUGGAUAAAAAUCCACCAAUCUCAGAAACUUAAACUACUUACGAAGAACGAAGAUAUCGCUGAAUAUAGUUUACCAACUAUCAGAAAAUUAAAGAAAGGCAUAGAAGAUAAAGAAGAAAGCAGCGAUGAGAGUGAAUUUGAUAUGAGGAUAAAAUCCGAUGAGAGAAAGUCUGAUGAAGAUGAGAAACAUUCUAGACCAAAAAGGAAAAAGCUGAAAGUUAGCAAAGCCAUUAAGGAUAUUGACCUACCUAAAGAAAAUACAGAUAUCGUGCAAGAUAUCAAUAGUGACGAUUGGGAUUAAAUGUAAUUAAUUUUACAUGUAUAUGACAAUAAAUAGAUAUCAGUUUUAAUUUUAUAAACGAA